AACGAAACGUGGCAAAAUAAAUCGUGCAGAAAAGAAAAUAUUUAGGAAAAUUUAAACAAUAAAUAUGUAAAUAUUUAAACAAAAAACGAAAAUAUCUUUAAGAUAAACAAAACUUUGUCUACAAGCUCUUCUUUAAAGAAAAACAAAAUCAACAUAAACCUAAAACAAAAAUGAAUUACAUGUUUUAGUAUACGAAAAAAUAACAAAAAAUAUAAACAAAUGAAGUGUUUUUUUAAAAAAUAAAAAUAAACCAUUUCAUAUUAUUUAUUAAACAACAAUAACAUUGUAAAAAAAAAUAAUUUAUGUUUUCGACAAGUUCGAAUAUGAAAACUUCUGCAAAACGCGAUGUUAUUGUAAGACCAAUACGUUGUUUAAUUAACGGCUGUGCUCGUGGUGCUGAAUUUACGGUAAAUGCUCCUUUUAAAUUACCAACACAGUGGACAAGAAUGUUACGCAUGACACCGGUACCGAAAAUAAUUAUCGAUGAUUUUAUGCAGGCUGCAGAAGCUGGAAAUCUGGAUGAUUUCAAGCGUUUAUAUCAGGCAGAUAAUUCACGUUUAUCUCUACAAGAUGGCAAAGGACGAACGGCAGCACAUCAGGCAGCUGCACGUAAUAGGGUUAAUAUUUUACGUUAUAUGCGAGAUCAAAAUGGAGAUUUCAAUAUCAGGGAUAAUGCUGGUAACACACCAUUACACAUGGCCGUUGAAUGUGAUUCAUACGAGGCCUUGGACUUUUUACUUUCAAUCCCCGUCAAUACCGGCAUACUUAACGAAAAGAAACAGGCUCCCGUACACUUAGCAACCGAAUUGAAUAAAGUCAAAUCGUUACGUGUAAUGGGUAAAUAUCGUAAUAAAAUUGAUAUACAACAGGGUGGAGAACACGGACGUACCGCUUUACAUUUAGCCGCCAUUUAUGAUCACGAGGAGUGUGCCAGAAUCUUGAUAACUGAAUUUGGUGCAUGUCCUCGUAAACCCUGCAACAAUGGCUAUUAUCCCAUACAUGAAGCGGCCAAAAAUGCCAGCUCAAAAACAAUGGAAGUCUUUUUUCAGUGGGGUGAACAGCGAAAUUGUACACGUGAAGAAAUGAUCUCAUUUUACGAUUCAGAGGGUAAUGUACCCUUACAUUCAGCUGUUCAUGGUGGCGAUAUAAAAGCUGUGGAAUUGUGUCUUAAAUCUGGAGCAAAAAUCUCAAAGCAACAGCAUGAUUUGUCAACACCCGUACAUCUGGCAUGUGCACAGGGUGCCAUAGAAAUUGUCAAACUUAUGUUUGCCAUGCAACCUCAGGAGAAGAAAAUCUGCUUAAGCUGUACGGAUGUUCAAAAAAUGACUCCUCUACAUUGUGCCUCCAUGUUUGAUCAUCCGGAUAUUGUAGAGUUUCUAGUAAAAGAGGGAGCCGACAUAAAUGCCUUAGAUAAAGAACAUCGUUCACCCCUUUUAUUGGCUGCCUCUCGUUCCGGCUGGAAAACCGUACAUUUACUUAUACGUUUGGGCGCCAACAUUAGCAUUAAAGAUGGCUGUUCACGUAAUGUCUUACAUUUGGUCAUUAUGAAUGGUGGUCGUUUACAGGAAUUUGCCGAAGAAGUUAGUAAGACUCAAUCAAAGGAACAGUUGGAACAAUUACUCAAUGAAAAAGACAAUAGCGGUUGCUCACCUCUACACUAUGCCAGCAGAGAUGGUCAUAUACGUUCUCUAGAGAAUCUUAUACAGUUGGGAGCCUGUAUAAAUUUAAAAAAUAACAAUAAUGAAAGUCCUUUACAUUUUGCUGCUCGCUAUGGACGUUAUAAUACUGUUAAACAAUUAUUAGACUCGGAGAAGGGUUCUUUUAUUAUCAAUGAAAGUGAUGGUGAAGGUUUGACACCUUUACACAUAGCCUCACAGCAAGGUCAUACUAGAGUAGUACAGUUAUUGUUGAAUCGUGGUGCCCUAUUGCAUCGUGAUCAUAAUGGUAGAAAUCCUUUACAGUUGGCAGCCAUGUCAGGCUAUACGGAGACCAUAGAAUUAUUACAUUCCGUGCAUUCACAUCUAUUGGAUCAAGUCGAUAAGGAUGGGAAUACCGCCCUACAUUUAGCCACAAUGGAUAAUAAACCACAUGCGAUUUCCGUCUUACUAUCAAUGGGCUGUAAAUUACUAUAUAAUCACUUGGAUCUUAGUGCAAUUGAUUAUGCCAUUUACUAUAAAUAUCCUGAAGCUGCUUUAGCCAUGGUUACACACGAGGAAAGAGCCAACGAAGUUAUGGCCUUGAAAUCUGACAAACAUCCUUGUGUGACCUUGGCUCUGAUUGCCGCCAUGCCAAAGGUUUUUGAAGCUGUUCAGGAUAAAUGUAUUACAAAGGCGAAUUGUAAAAAAGAUUCAAAAAGUUUUUAUAUUCACUAUUCUUUCUCAUUUCUACAAUGUCCUUUUAUGUUUGCCAAAUUGGAUGAGAAAACUGGCGAACCCAUACAGCAACAACAUAAUAUUCCCUUACCGGCUUUAAACACAAUGGUUAAUCAUGGUCGUGUUGAAUUAUUGGCUCAUCCUUUAAGUCAAAAAUAUUUGCAAAUGAAAUGGAAUUCUUAUGGAAAAUACUUUCAUCUGGCAAAUCUUUUAAUCUAUUCAAUAUUCCUGCUAUUUGUCACCAUUUAUUCGUCGCUCAUGAUGAAUGGCAUUAAGGUACAGAAUCGUUGGCAGGCUGCUAAUUUAAGUAAUAUUAGAAAUGGCUCCGAUUUUAUUGAUUGUACUUUAAGCUCAAAUCUACGUUUGUUAAACUACACCUCGAGUUUAGAAUGUUACGAGAGUAUUGAACAGUCUAGAGCCAUUAUAGUUUGUGCUGUAGCUAUAAUUAUUUAUAUCACUACACUGUCACUGCGUGAGCUUAUACAAAUGUAUCAGCAACGUUUGCAUUAUAUUUUGGAAAUUGAUAAUUUCAUUUCUUGGGUUCUAUACAUAUCAACAUUAAUAAUGGUUAUACCGGUUUUCAAAGCCGACGGUGGUAUUACGAAUGUUCAUUAUUCGGCCGCAUCCAUAUCAGUGUUUCUAUCAUGGUUUCGUUUAUUAUUAUUCCUACAGAGAUUUGAUCAGGUUGGCAUUUAUGUGGUCAUGUUUUUGGAAAUUUUACAAACAUUAAUCAAAGUCCUGCUGGUAUUCUCAAUAUUAAUAAUUGCCUUUGGUUUGGCCUUUUAUAUACUCCUAUCAAAGAUCAUAGAUCCUCAACCAAACCAUUUGAGCUUUUCGAAUAUACCCAUGUCUUUGUUGAGAACCUUCUCAAUGAUGUUGGGUGAAUUGGAUUUUGUGGGUACUUAUGUCAAUACCUAUUAUCGUGAUCAAUUAAAGGUUCCUUUAACAUCAUUUUUAAUAUUAAGUGUAUUUAUGAUUUUCAUGCCGAUUUUGCUCAUGAAUCUACUUAUCGGUUUGGCGGUUGGUGAUAUUGAAUCGGUGCGUCGUAAUGCCCAAUUAAAAAGAUUGGCUAUGCAGGUGGUUUUACAUACCGAACUGGAGAGAAAAUUACCCCAAAUGUGGUUGCAAAAAAUAGAUAAAAUGGAAUGGAUUGAGUACCCGAAUGAGACCAAGUCGAAAUUGGGCUUUUUCGAUUUUAUCUUAAGGAAGUGGUUUUCAAAUCCCUUUAGUGAGGAUACCUCCAUGGACGUUUUGCAAUUUGAAAACAACGAUGAUUUCAUCAACAGCGAACUGGAGAAGCAGAAACGUAAACUACGCGACAUUAGUCGCAUUCUAGAGCAACAACACCAACUACUGCGCUUAAUAGUGCAAAAAAUGGAAAUUAAAACCGAAGCCGACGACGUAGAUGAGGGCGUUUCACCCAAUGAUCUGCGUAGCACAGGCAGCGGUGGCGGUACAACAAGCGGUUCACGCUGGACCUCACCACGCAUACGCAACAAAUUGCGAGCGGCCUUAAGUUUUAACAAGGGCAUUUAGGAGAUAAGAAAGCGGCGGCUAAAUACUGCUAUUAUUAUUUAGUUUAGAUAGAAAGUUUAAAAAACUUGAUAUCUGCAGCAAAAGUGUCGAUACAAAGAAUAGAUUAAUAAAAUAUAUUACAUAUUUUUAUUUAGAGAAAAAAGAAAAACAUGAGCUAGUAUUUUAGAAAAAAUAUUUAUUAAAUAUUUUAUACAUUAUAUUUGUUUACAAUUAUUAUGACAUAUUAUUAGUAUAAAAUUGAGGAAGUGACUGAAAUCAAAAAAAAAAUUGCAUAAAAAUUUAGGAAACGUUAGAAGAAAAACACCAGUUAAGGGUAUACGUAAAGAAUUGGAGAUAAUAUAUGUUGAUUUAGGUAGGUGAGAACCCUAACUUGUUUUGAAUGGAAUGUCUCCUUUUUUAAUUGUUAAAUUUUGCAAUUUAACUAAAAUUUUAGAUUUAUAAUAAAAUUUUAAAAAAAUAUAUAUUUUUAUUUAAAAAAAAUUAACAAAAUUUUUAACUAAAACGAAUUUAAAAACAUUGAUUGAUUGAAAAAAACACUAGGAGUAAGGGGAUAUUGAUUUGAAAAUAUUUUUCAAUAUUCCAUUGAGGGAAUUUCUCAUAACUUGGGUUUCACCGAAGGCUAGUAGUUAAGAAAAAUUGAUCUUUAAUAUUUUUAGGAAAGUAUUUAUAAGUUUUUACAAAAAAAAAUAAGGUAAGGUUAGGCAAGAUCUGCUCAGAUUUUAAAGAAAACUUGAUACAUUUCGUUAGAGAUGGAAAAAGCUUAAAUAUUUGUGUAUUAAUAAAGAAUUAGUUUAGUUCUUAGUUAGUUUUUAAAAGAUUUCUUCUAAAAAUCUCUAACUUGCAUAUAUGUAUGUAUGUGUAAACUGUACUUUCUGUGUUAAAAUGUGUUAAGAAUUUUUCUUACUUAGUCCUUAGUAAUUUCAGUUAUUUCUUUUAAACAAAACCAUUUAAAAUGACAUACAUAACUACCUAAAACACCUUUGUAAUGUAAUGUUUUCUGUAUUAAAGUACUUAGUUAGUUGUUAGGUAGUUAGUAAAUAAUCUUAAAUCUCAACCCUAAAAAGUCCUUUUUAAAAAUGUGUGUGACUCUCCCUACAAUUGUUUCUUAAUCUUUAACAAAAUAUUUAAUGAAAAACACAGGGAUCUUAGUAGAUUUAAGUUAAAUAUUUAGCAGGCAUGUGUGCACGCAAAACUGCAAAAAAAUCUAAAAAAGAAACAAAACUAAAAACCUAUGUAUGUAAUUAUGAAAUUGAGAAAAAUGUUGUAGGUACCUGAAAUUUUAUAGAAAAAAAAGUUGCAACAACAACGAAUAGAUUGCAGGACAAAGAAAAAAUCUCGUUUUUUUUUUUACCUAAAAACCAAAUUAUAACAGAACGUCAAGGAUUUUGUUUUUCGUCAAGGUCACAACGUCUGUUUUGAAAAAUGUAAAUUUAAAAUUUUUAAGAAAAAAAUCAACUAAAUAAAACAUAUUUUUUAUAUAUAAUUGCUGUAGCGAAUUUAUAAAUAAAUAAGAUACAAUUUACAAAAGAAAAACUUAAAACAACUUAAAUGUAUUUAAGUUUUUUUGUUAAUGUUAAAAAAACUAUUAUACAAUAAAAAUAAAGAAAUUAUUUUUAAUAAAAAAAUAUUUAAAAGUCUGAUUUGGUGAAAUGUACUUAAGUCAAAAUAACGUUAAAAAUCUCUUUUUAAACUCCAUAUAAAACUCUUUAGAUUUUCUAGCAAAAAACAAUUGUGUUAUAAUUUUUGUAUAAAUUAUUCUUCAAGUUUGUUUUUCCUUGAAAUUUGUUUAUCUAAAACUUUACCAAAUCUGGCUUUUAAGUUUUAAAUUUUCAUAACCAUAUUAUUAUUAUUAUAUGUUAUUGUUGUUGUAAUAUUGUUAUAUUUAUACACUUUAAAAGUAAAUGCAUAAUA